AUGGAAGCGCGCGUGGGGGGGAGGGUAUCUGGUCACGGUGGUGUGCGCGCCAGUGGGGGUCCAGCCAAGGAGGCGCGCGCGGGGAGGUGGUUUUGGCCAUGGAGGCACGCGCGCGUGAGGGGGUGGGGUCUAGUCGUGGAGGCUUGUGCGUGCAGGGUGGUCCGGCCGCGGAGGAGUGUGCAGGGAGGGGGUUCCGGCCGUAGAGGCACGCCUGCGAGGGGGUUGGCUGUUGAGGCUUAUGCGCGAGGGUGGUUCAGUCGCAGAGGCGCUCACGCGGGUGGGGGGCUGUCUGGCUAUGGAGGCUUGCGCGCAGGGGUGGUCCAGACGCGAAGCCGAAGUUCAGUGCAAAGGGGGUCUGGUCGGGGGAGAUGCGGGCGACUGAAGGGUCUCGAUGGACGUGCACGUGCUGGUGGUGGUUUGGACGGCGAAGCCGCGCGCCAGUGGGGGUUUGGUCGGUGGAGACGCGCACGUGCUAGAGGAGGUCUCGACGGAGACGCGCGUGCGACGGAAGGGGUCUGGUCAGUGGUGUCGCUCACGCUAGAAAGGGUCUGGUCGGCAGAGCCGCGCGCGUCAAUGGGGGUCUAG